UCUAUCUCUCCAGACUCCAGUUUCUCCAAAUCAAAUCUUCCUUAAUUAGAACUUCCUCGCGUUUGUGGUUUCGUUUUUCAAUCGGUUCAUUCGGUAUACCAAUCAGUUUAGACGGAAGAAGAUGGGAGGCGUUGAUGAUAGCCAAUGGGUUGAUAAGUUUAUGGAUGGAAUCGGAUUGGCGUUUACCAAGAUUGACGAAACGAUACAGAAGGGUAUUGAACUCUGGACAGAGUUGACCAGAGUUGACGACCAGCCUAUCCAAGACUUGACCGGACAGCCAAAAAGUGGUGAAUCUGGUGAAGAAUAUUCCUCUCAAGAUCCUGUCGCUGAGGUCAAUGAAAGAGUACCGGUUCAACACUGCUGGUCUAUGUGCCUUGCUGAGGUCAAUGAAAGAGUACCGGUUCAACACUGCUGGUCUAUGUGCCUUGCUGAGGUCGAAGAUAAGCCGAGCCAACAUAGGGCUAUGCGUGCUUUGAAAAUUUCAGAGAGUUUCAUUCAAGUACAAAAUGUUGCUGGUGAUGGUGAAAAAGAGGAAGAAGAAGACGAAGUCGAAUCUACACUUUCAGAAGAAGAUAAUGAAUCGAGUUUGUCGCGGAACCAUGACCAUGAGGAGAUGUUUAAGAUGAUUCGUGCCAUGUACCCCUCCAAAGAAGCAGAUAAUGAUGAUGGAGAUAACGAAGAUUUUGACACGUUUUCCGAAGAAGAUGAUGAAUCAUGGGAUGAUGAAGAUGAUACUACAACUUCUAAAUCGUCCGAAGACAUGUCGGAGCUUAAUUUGGGGGCCUCUGCGACGAACUAUAUUCCUGAUUGCUACCAUCAUCACAAUGAAGAAGCUAAUGAUUCGAGUUUGAAAUGGAAAGGUGAUUAUCAGCUGUUAAAGUAUAUUGACACGUCUUCCGAAGAAGAAGAUGAUGAAUCAUCUGAAGAUGAAUCAUCCGAAGAAGAAGAAGAUGAUGAAUCAUCUGAAGAUGAAUCAUCUCAUGAUGAGGAGGUUGGGGAGUGUCACUCUGAAGACGUCGAAGAAGUAAAGGAGAUAUCGUGGAAGCAUAUAAUGAUGAGCAAUUCAAGUAACGAAUCAUCAGGGGUUCAUGACUAUGAAGAUGACGUAUCGGACAAGUUACUACUACAAGGAUUCGUGGAUGUGAGGCAAGAGGAGGAGAUUGGGAAUAAUACGGAAUCUAGUGAGGUCGAGACCCUUCUCCCAGAAAGUGAUUGGGUUUACGUGACGAGGGACUAGCUAGGAGUCUAGGACUCUGAUCUUCUUCUUUUUUUUUGGCAACUUUUGUGUGAUUUAAUUUGAGUUUUAUACGUUUUACAUCCGGCUUCAUUGAUAUCUCUUUGUGUAUGUAGAAAACUAUAUUUCUAUAAAUUUUUUGGAGUGUUUCAUUCGUUUUUCA